AUGCGCGCUUUCGUCGUAACCGACUAUGCCCACCCUUCCAAGAUUCCCAUAACUCAGAACGCUCCUGAGCCCAAGGCGGGCCCCGGACAGGUCCUCGUCGACGUCUACAGUGCUGGUCUGAACUACUUCGAUCUGCUACAAUCGCAGGGGAAGUAUCAAAACCAGCCGCCGCGGCCGUUCGUUCUCGGGAGCGAGCUUUCAGGGCGGAUUUCGAGCAACUCGCCUAUCCCAGAUGGGUGCCCAUUCAGGGCGGGAGAUAGGGUGUUCGGCGCAGCGCAGGGCGCAUUCGGGGAGAAGGUCGCGGUGGCAUGGCAGUCUCUAGUCCCUCUGCCGGAUAAUAUGACAUAUGACCAGGGUGCAGGGCUGUAUGUUACUUGGCCAACGAGCUACGAGGCAUUGGUCGGUCGCGCCGAGUUGAAGGCUGACGAGUGGGUGUUGGUCACUGCAUCUGCUGGCGGGGUCGGUAUUGCUGCCGUUCAACUGGCGAAAGCGCUCGGAGCGAAGGUCAUCGCCGCGGCGGGUUCGCAAGAGAAGAUUGACGUGUCGAUCAAGCAGGGCGGUGCUGAUUAUGGCGUCAACUACUCUAAGGAGGGCUGGCAGAAGGAGGUGUUGAAGCUUACCGGAGGCAAGGGUGUCGACGUAAUCUACGACCCCGUCGGUCUCAUUCGAGACUCGUUGAAGUGCAUCGCGUGGAAGGGUCGUGCGAUUGUGGUCGGGUUCGCCGCCGGAGAAAUCGAGAAGCUUCCACUGAAUCUUGUGUUGUUGAAGAACAUCGCCAUCACGGGCAUCCACUGGGGAGCUUACACCAAGAAUGAGCCGGAGCGUGUACCCGUAGUAUGGAAGGAGCUGCUAGAACUCUUCUCAUCGGGUCGCGUGAAGCCCGUGGUAUACCCCGAGACAUUCCCGCUGGAUAGGGUAGCAGAUGGUCUCGUCGCUAUCGAACAGAGGAAGACCUGGGGGAAAGUAAUCGCGUAUAUCCGAGAGUCUCCGCAGAACAAGAGUAAACUGUAA